AUGCGAUCCCAGCUAACUAUCUUCCUUGGCUUCGUGGCCCUCGUUUCGACUGUCUUGGCAGCCAGUACUCCGGCCGUAACUCCGCCAGCCUCAACGCCGACUGCAACUCCCGCUUCGUCUCCUGCAACGACCUCUCCAACAGCCUCCCCAACUACCUCAACAACAACCCCCACAGCGACAACCGCACCCACCACGGCCACCGACAGCAGCACCACUGCACCCACCACAGUCGCUCCCACCACGAAGUCGUCGAAUCAUAAGGUUAUUACUACCACUCACCACAAAGAGAAAACUCACAGACCAAAAGUGGUCCGAAAAACCCACCACAAGCGCGGAGGCACUGAUGAAGACAGCAAGAAGAGGAGGCGAUCGCGUCGGAACUAA